AUGACAAUCAUUGGACCUGACCCACAACCUCAACUUACUGACAUCUCGUCGCUUAACUCCAAGAAUGGGAGUCAAUGUAAUCAAGUGAUGUCUUCACCGUACGAGGAUCCUGCAACGAAAUUCGCCUCUCGGAUAGCAACUGUCACUUCUUUGCUAGUAGUUAUUAGCUGUUCUAUCCUAUAUACUGCCACUAUUAUAGGAAUAGAAACCUUCGCUUCUCAAUAUGAAGAUUUAAUAAAGGCUUUUGAGGAGACUCACCAAACAACAUAUAAUGAUCUCAUAUCUUUGGGAAUUGAUAGAAUAAGGAGAGAUGCAUACUAUACUGAACCAAGGAGGACUUUUAUCGAAUACGGAACAGGAGCAGGUGGAGAAUGGGGUCGAGUGCAUAAAAGGAGACCACCGAGCUCGUAUGAGCCUCGAAUUUGCGAUUGCACAGUAAUCCAAUGUCCACGAGGACCUCGUGGUCCACCGGGUCCUAAUGGAGCACCAGCCGAGGAUGGACAUCCAGGAGAACCUGGACGGCCGGGAAUUGAUGGACUCUUUCUUGGCGAAGAAAUUGUAUGCCCUCCAUGUCCUCCUGGCCCACGUGGAGAAGAUGGUCCUCAGGGUGAAAAAGGCCAACGAGGAAAGUCAGGCAUUCCUGGAAUCCCAGGGCCCGACGGGAUUAAUGAACCUGGACCUAUCGGUGUCCCUGGGAACAGAGGCCAGACUGGAAGGCCAGGAAAGAAAGGCACCCCUGGAGAACCGGGUCAGGAUGCAGUUCAACUGAUUGGUGUCCCCGGUCCUAAAGGAGAACGUGGGCCACCUGGUUUCCCAGGUCCUAGAGGAGAUCCUGGUUCGAAUGGAAUUCCAGCUCCUCCAGGACCAGAAGGACCUCCAGGAAGUGCUGGCGAUAUCGGUGACCCAGGCGAAUACGGACUGCGAGGUCCUCCAGGGAGGAAAGGUCCACCAGGAGACGAUGGUGGAUAUUGCCAGUGCCCUCCACGAGAUGGGAGUGGAAUUUCAUAUGGCGCUGGUUCAACAACUUUCCCUGGUAACUGGGAUGAAUAUCAUAGCUACAAAAAUGGAAACGGACCUAUUGCAACAAUCAGUGAACGUGCAGUUGAGGAACAGAAUGUGCAACAGUUUCACAAAAGGAAGGUCAGCAACGCUAAUAGGCCACAAAAUACUGAUGAAGAUAUAGAUUAUCGUCGAAGCAGAAAACACUACAGCGACCAACAGAGGACGCAAAAAUGGCACUCUCCUACUGCUCCAAUGGUCGACUAUAGGGAUUCGAGAGAAGAUCAUCGUAAAAGACUUACGGCACGACGCGUCGAGGAUAAGAAGACAGCUAAAGUGAAUAACGCAGUCGAUUUUGAAUUACGAGCCCGAUUAUAA